AUGAUGACUUCGGUGAGCAGUGACCGUUCCCGAGGUGCUCGGGAAAAAACACAGAUUUCAGCGACACAGGCAACACAACUACAGAAACAAGUAGUACAGGUAACAGCUGAACAGAUGCGUCUCGCUCAGGUGAUCUUUGAUAAAAAUGAUUUAGAAUUUGAAGCUAAAGUUAAACAGCUUAUGGAAGUGACAGGAAAAAAUCAGGAUGAAUGCAUAGUUGCCCUACAUGAUUGUAAUGGAGAUGUGAACAAAGCUAUCAAUAUAUUGCUGGAAGGGAAUUCAGACACGACUUCAUGGGAGACUGUAGGGGGGAAGAAGAAGAAUUUUGGAAAAGAAAGUUCAGAAAACAAAGAGAAUAGAGAGAAGAGAAGUGAGAGAGAAGUGAGUCGUGGACGUGGAAACAACAACCGGAAAGGAAGAGGUGGCAAUCGUGGGAGAGAGUUUAGAGGUGAAGAGAAUGGAAUUGAUUGCAAUCAAGGGGACAAGCCUUCAGACCGUGGCAAGCGCACCCGUGGUAGAGGAUUUGGACGUGGCAGAGGGAGAGGGGCAGGAAGAGUCUCAAACCAAGGCAUGGGGACAUUUAAUCCUGCAGACUAUUCAGAGUCUCCAUCUAUAGAUGGGUGUGGGACAAAACCAGUAGUUUGGGAAGCUGCUCACAAUGGUGCGGAUGAGGGAAGUGAACUGGCAUCAAAUGCUCAAAAGGUAGCUCAGGAUCUGCCAAACAAUUCUUACGGACACAAAGGGGCCUGGAAGAAUUCUGUGGAAGAGUGGACAACGGAAGACUGGACUGAAGAUCUAUCUGAAACAAAGGUCUUCACUGCCUCAUCUGUUCCACAAGAGAAUCAUGUCACACCUGGGAAGAGCGUCGAUCUGGUAGCCUUGCUCCAGAAGCCUGUUCCUCCCAAUCAAGCCUCAGAAGUCAGCUCCUUGGAAAUUUCCCAACAGCAGGGCUUUGGCCAGGCCCUCGUCUUCACAAAUUCUCAGCACAGCAAUCAGAUGGCACCAGGGACUGGCAGCUCCACUGCUGUCAACUCCUACUCUCCUCAGAGUCUGUCAUCCGUCCUUGGUUCAGGAUUUGGAGAGCUUGCACCUUCAAAAAUGGCAAACACUACCAGCUCCCAGAUUUUGGACCAGUUGAAACCUCCAAAUUUGGGCCAGUUUACUACCACACCAAGUUUGCAGCAGAAUAGUACAAGUGCCCCCACAACCACUUCUUCUUGGGACCUCAAGCACUCAGCUACCCAGUCCUCAGUCCGUAGCCAUUUUGAUUUUAAAUCUCAGCCUGAACCAUCCCCAGUUCUUAGCCAGUUGAGCCAGCGACAGCAUCACCAGUCUCAGGCAAUCACUGUCCCUCCUCCUGGGUUGGAGUCCUUUCCUUCCCAGGUAAAACUCCGAGAAUCAGCACCCAGAGACGGCACCUCCACUGUGAACAAACUCUUGCAGCUCCCCAGCCUGACUGUCGAAAAUAUCUCUGUGUCUGCCCACCAACCACAGCCUAAACACAUCAAACUCCCUAAGCGGCGGAUACCUCCAGCUUCUAAGAUCCCAGCUUCUGCAGUAGAAAUGCCUGGUUCAGCAGAUGUCACAGGAUUAAAUGUUCAGUUUGGCGCCUUGGAAUUUGGAUCAGAAUCUUCGCUCUCUGAAUUUGGAUCUGCUGCAAGCAGUGAAAAUAGUAACCAGAGUCCCAUCAGCUUGUAUUCAAAGUCUUUAAGUGAUUCUUUGAAUACCUCUCUACCAAUGACCAGUGCAGUACAGAACUCCACCUAUACAACUUCAGUCAUUACCUCCUCCAGUCUGACCAGCUCAUCCCUGAGCUCCGCUAGUCCAGCAACAACAUCUUCCUCCUGUGACCAGAGUUCUGUGCAUAACAGGGUUGCAUACCAAAGCUCUGUGAGUCUGUCUGAGUCAGUUCCAGGAACUGUCACGAAUGGACACGGUGGUGGUCGAAGUCAGCAGACAGUAGACACUACUGCGUCUGUUCCUGCUCCAAAGACAACAGAUCCUCCCUCGACCCUCCCAUCUGUGGCCUCCCUGCCCAGCACCACCUCCUGCAGUACGCUUCUACCCUCUGCAUCUCAGCACACUGCCACUUUGCCCUCCUUGUCCCAGCCUGGUGACCUGUCCAGCACCCCCCUCUCUCAGCUUAGCAGUUCACUCUCCACCCAUCAGAGCAGCCUCUCCUCUGCGCACACAGCACUAUCCUCCAGCACGUCACACACACACACCAGUGUGGAGAACACCCCUUCCCUCCAGUCCUCUGCCACCUUCUCAAUGGCAGCAACCUCUGCCUCGAGUGCCACGUCCUCAGGACUCAGCCUGCCGAGCAGCAUGAACACAGCGAACAGCCUCUGCCUGGGCGGAACCACCGUGAGUGCCCCUAGCAGCAGUACCAGAGCCACGCCCUUGGUGACCUCAGGCAAAGCACCCCCCAACCUGCCCCAGGGGGUGCCACCCCUGCUACCCAACCAGUACCUCGUGGGCCCCGGAGGACUGCUUCCUGCCUACCCGAUCUAUGGCUAUGAUGAGCUCCAGAUGCUGCAGUCACGGCUGCCAGUGGAUUAUUAUGGAAUUCCCUUUGCUACACCCACAGCCCUUGCCAGCCGAGAUGGGAGCCUUGCUAGUAACCCAUAUUCAGGUGAUAUCACAAAGUUUGGUCGAGGUGACUCUGCAUCCCCUGCGCCUCCCACCACACUGGCUCAGGCACAGCAGAGCCAAUCCCAGGCCCAUCACACCCCCCAACAGCCCUUUCUGAAUCCUGCGCUGCCACCUGGCUAUAGCUACACUGGCCUUCCCUACUACACAGGCGUGCCCAGUGCCUUCCAGUAUGGACCCACCAUGUUUGUUCCACCGGCCUCAGCCAAGCAGCAUGGUGUGAACCUCAGCACUCCCCCGACCCCUUUCCAGCAGGCCAGUGGUUAUGGUCCACAUAGCUACAGCACAGGUUAUGAUGACCUGACCCAGGGGACAGCAGCGGGAGACUACACCAAGGGUGGCUAUGGUGGAUCAUCACAGGCACAAAGCAAGUCUGCAGGUUCUGGGCCUGGCAAAGGAGUGUCCGUGUCUUCAAGCACCACUGGCCUCCCUGACAUGACUGGUUCUGUCUACAAUAAGACUCAGACUUUUGAUAAGCAGGGAUUUCAUGCAGGGACCCCCCCACCGUUCAGCCUGCCCUCGGCCUUGGGUUCCACGGGGCCCCUGGCCCCUGGAGCAGCUGCUGGUUAUGCACCCCCACCAUUCUUGCACAUCCUUCCUGCCCACCAGCAGCCUCACUCACAGCUGUUACACCACCACCUUCCGCAGGAUGCCCAGAGUGGCUCGGGUCAGCGCAGCCAGCCCAGCUCCCUGCAGCCCAAGUCACAAGCCUCCAAACCUGCCUACGGCAACUCUCCAUACUGGACAAACUGA